GAAAGGAAGAACAGAGAGAAGACAUGGCCUCUGUCUCUUACUCAGAAGAUUUAACCUGUUCUGUUUGUCUGACGAUCUUUACUGAUCCGGUAAUGCUUCUCUGUGGACAUUCUUUCUGCAGGGAAUGUAUUACAGAGUCACUGAAGUCACAGGGCAUUUGUCCUCUGUGUCACACAGCUGUUUCACUGGAACAGAAAUGUCUUCCACCCAGUUAUGUUUUGAAAAGCCUUGCUGAAAAGGCUAAAGAAGAUGAGAAAAGAAAAAGAGAACAUGGAAAUUACAGAGAGGAUUCUGAGUGGCUGUGCCAUGAACAUGAUGAAAAGCUGAAGUUGUUCUGCGUCACAGAGCAGACAUUAACUUGUGUCAUAUGUCGAGAUGGAGAGAAGCACGCCGGACAUAAGUUUAAACCAAUCAAAGAAGCAUCUGCAUCGGUGAGGCAGGAGCUGGAGAAAUUAAUGCAACGUGUUUCUGAUGACGUGUGUACUGUAGAGAACCUCGCCGACUCACAGAGAGAAGAAAUAACAAAAACAAAAAGGAAAUCAAACCAGCUGAGGAACCAAAUCAGCACUCAGUUUGAGGAGAUGCACCAGUUUCUGAGAAAGAGAGAAAGGGAGAUCAUAAAUGAGCUGAAACACAAAGAGGAUGAAGAUGUUAAGAAGGUGAUCGAGAGGUUAAUUGAUAUACAAGCAGUUCUGUCUGAAGAUGAGAUGCUGAAGAGGAAGGUGACAUCAGCUCUUGAGAUCAAAGAAUCAGAGAGGUUUCUAAAGACCUGUGCUGAUGAGAAAAUCAUCAUGACUGCAGAACAUUUCAAACCCAGAUCAAAAAAUCUCAAAGUAAUGAGUUCAGCUCUCAAUCUGGGGCCUUUUGAGAGUCACCUGCAGUUCUUUGUGUGGAAGGAGAUGCUUCAGAUUAUCAAACCUCGAGAAGAAAACCUCAAACUUGUAGGUCACAGACAAAAUGUGACUGUAUCUGAUGAUGGGAGAAGUUUGUUUUCUUCCUCUAGAACAACCAGCACAUCUCAAUUCUAUGAGAAAUGACAUGCUGAGAAGUUU